AUGGAGGACGCUCCGGCAAUGAAGCCCUUCCUCGGUUGGGCGGAGGUGGUAUUGAGCAGCGUGAGCAAGGACUUUCCGGACUGGCAGCGGUCCUUCCUGGGUCACAGAUCCACGUACUUUACGUGUUGCUCUGGUUUGGGCACUGCCGAAAUCGCUUGCAAGCAGAUUCGUGAAGCAUCGGCAAAGGUCUUUCCGAAGCCCGUGCGGCUCAUCUGUCGUUAUGCAAUGGAUCCGGACCCCGAUUGCCAAAGGGCUUUGCUUUUGCAGGACACGGGGCAUCUUUGGUCCUCCAUUUAUGACUUCUUCCCAGAAAGCAAGAAGCAGAAGACAGGAGGUAAUGCGGAAAGCAAGGUCCGUCACUUCUGCGACAGCUUCGACGCACGAAUCGAUGAUCCCAGAACCAACGUCCUCUUUGGCUGGCUUGCAAUGGUCAAGCAGCACCGGCUCUUCUGGGCCCUGAUGGAGAUGCUCGAUGCAGCGUUGCCGGAGUUUCAGGUUUUUCACUUGAAAGGGAGCCCUGCUGACUGGGGUCACAUUGGAAUGGCCCGCCCACGUGUGUGGUCCAUCGUGUACCAUCGGGAGAAGGUAGAGGUGCUCUUCAAUCCAGGCGAGGUCUAUCAGAUCCUCUGCUGCACCCUACGCAAAGGCUUGGGGAGCCUUCCUGCGUCCAUCUUCUGGCAGCACACGCCGCCUGCUGACGUGGUCGCGAUGGAGAACAGUAUCAGGGAGCAGCGGCAGCUGGCAGCCCUGAGCUCUGGCCCAUCAGAUGACUGGUCCUACCUGCUGACAGAGAGCCAGCAGAGGCACUUGAGUGGUUAUGAAGCGAAGUGGAGACAGCUUCAUGGUGGUCCUUCUGAUCUCGACGACGGCUGUGUCUUCGACCUGAGCCAGAAUCCUGAGCACUGCUGUCUUUGGACGUCACGACACGGGUCCCUCCCGACCUUCCGGCGCAAUAGUAAGCUAUGGGUUCCGUGUUUGAAACGAUUCCUCUUGCCGCGUGAGGCGGCCCUUCUCAUGGGCUUCAGCGGCCCAUCUUUGCAGCACGUGCAUCAAAACAAUGUCGGGAAUGCGAUGAGCUUGCAGACGGUGGGUCUGAUGAUUCUGGCUGCUCUUUUAAGUGCGGCCCCUCUCCCCAGGGCAGCUCCAGGCCCGGAAGUGCCUGGAGCUGCCCACGUGACUGCGGUGAAGAAUUAA